CCCAAAACGCCGUGUGCCAACUGGAUGGGAGGAGCACCCGGCUACCCCGGCCACAACGGGCUCCCCGGACGGGACGGGAAGGACGGAAAAGAUGGACUAAAGGGGGAGAAAGGAGAGCAAGGUGUGCAAGGCCCCAAAGGUGAUCACGGUGAAAUGGGACUCCCAGGGCAGCAGGGGUUGACAGGAAUUCCCGGAUACCCAGGGCAGAAGGGGGAGAAGGGCGAGGGCGCCUUCGUCUACCGCUCCGCCUUCAGUGUGGGGCUGACGGAGCGAGCCCCCCACCCCAACGUGCCCAUCCGCUUCAGCAAGAUCUUCUACAAUGAGCAGAACCACUACGACGCCAGCACCGGCAAGUUCUUCUGCAGCAUUCCCGGCACGUACUACUUCGCCUACCACCUGACGGUCUACCUGACAGACGUCAAGGUCAGCCUCUACAAGAAGGACAAGGCGGUCAUCUUCACCUACGACCAGUUCCAGAAGAACAACGUUGACCAAGCGAGCGGCUCUGUCUUGCUGCAUCUCAGUUCUGGGGAUGAGGUCUGGCUUCAGGUGUACGGGGAGGGGGACAACAACGGCGUCUAUGCCGACAACAUCAACGAUUCUACUUUCAUGGGCUUCCUCCUGUACCCAGACAUGGAUGGCCAUUAA